UCACUGCCGCAGCGCCCGUCCCUGCGCCUGCUCGUGCCGGCCGCACUGAGCCUGAGCGAGCUCUGGGGACGGUGGACUGGUGGCGAUCACAUCAGAGGGCACAUACUAUCGGCUGAUUGUCCGUGACACGGCAAGAUGUCACUAGCGAAGAAGGAAGAGGUUUGCAGCCACCGACUUGUACCGCGAUUGGGUGAGCCGGCAGUUGGUGUGCCUAUUAAGAAGAGGCCAGUUCUCUUGUCUGAUAGAUCUGUUGCGUCUUCCAUGCCGCUCUCAAUAAAGCCUCCUUCUCCAGUGAAGGAUAUGCCUGUUUCUGCUACAGGGGCAGGCUGUGGCCAUGAAUCAUUCUUCAAUAUUGCUAAAUCAGAUACAAAUGUGAUCACCAAAGGUAAGGGAAUCACUGAUACUCAGAUCCAGGACCAUGCCAACAGGUCUUUUACUUCGCUAUCAAUGACCAGUGGCCACGGAGGGCUGUUUAAUGCAUCAAGUGAGAUCCCUUCUGCGGAGAGUGCUGCAAGGAGGUUUCCACCAGUUGUUGAAUCGCAACGUCAAAAUUUUUUGGCUCUGGAUUUACAGUUACCAUCUCGUCAAAAUGGCAAAGAUAGUAACUAUGGCUCUAUUGUGAAGGAAGAGAAAGUAGACCAAGCUCUUUCCGGCCUUUCUUCAGCAGAAGCCCACAAUAAUGUUCAUGUUGCAAGUGAACUCAAUGCCUCUUCUUAUUCUAACAGUAGCGAUGGGAGACUACCUAACUUGGAUCUGAAUGUGCCGCUGGACCCAGCUGAUUCACUUGAAGGUUUGCCUACAAUGCAUGAAAGUGGGAAUGGGUUGUUUCACCAUAGAACAAUUCAGCAUCAGAAAGCUCAGGUGGCCCCAGCGGCACCCAUUUCUACAACAAGCAAUGGAGUUGGUCAAAAUGUUGGCAGUACUGUGAACAUGUCUAAUUCAUUUGGGCUUUCUCAUAAGUGUGGGCCAGCUGAUGUUACCUUAGAUUUGCAACUUAAACCACCAACUAGACCUGAGCUAGGGAUAAACUGGAAAGGACUUGUUCCUGCUCCAGAACUGAGUCUAUCUCUGUUUGGUAAGCCCAUGGACGAAUGCAAGUCUCUAGGUGCUCCUAAUGCUUUAUUUGAUUCUGAAAUUGCCGGAAGUUCCAAAAAGGGCAGUGAGGAGACAGCUUCUACACCGGGGUCAGAUAAGGUGCUGGUUGAGAAAAUCGUUACACCUGGGCCCUGCAAUGCAAAUCCACAGGAUACUACAUCAGCAACUGUUUCUGGAAUUGAUCAGAUGACAUCUCAUAAUUUGGUGAAGAAAGAACCUGAAGAAACACCCCAACAGCAUAUUCUUAAGGGUGCUGAAAAGGCACAUCUAUUAGAACGACAAAGUGUUGUGCCAGCUAGCAAUUGCGCUGAAUCUGAAAUGACUGACAGUCCACCCCAAGUUCCCAGUAGAGCUGGGUUUGAUUUGAAUUCUGAAAUCUUUCCGAAUAACGGUAUCCAUGAUGGGCUUAAUGUAGCGACUGAUAAUGUUCCAAUACCAGCUGAAAGUUUGCUUGAUAUUACCCAAGCUAAGACCAUGCCUGCUGUUCCUGAAGUUGAAAUAGAUGUGAAGCGCGAAGAAUCCACUAAUCCUGUGGUAGCACCAGUAGGUGGUCAUUCUGCAUCAUUAAUGGAAGCAAAAUCAUUGCCUUCACUAAGUACUGUUGCCAGCCCUGCUGUUGGAUUAUGUGAAUCUUCCAGUCAGCCCUCCGUUUCUACUGUUUGCAAACCACCAGCUAGACAUGUUCCUGUUCAUGCCGAUACGACAAGGAGGCCCUGUGCUGCUAAUGAAGCUUGUGGUGCAUUGCAAGGUUCCUCCAAUCCUAGAGCUAAAUCUUUGCUUCCUAAUUCUCGGGACAAUGCUACUAUUGAUGGUAUGUCACAAGGGAGUGCUGAAAUGGACUGUUCAGAUGAUGAGGGUAAUACCGUUUCACGAUUUCCAACUACAAAUAAGCCUCAUGGUGAGUCAUUGGGGAAUGGCCCGACCACUAAGGAGGACGAUAUCAAUGCCAAUAACUUUUGCAAAGAGCUAAAGAAAGAACAAGACAGUGAUAUGCAUGAGGACUGCUCAUCUGUGACAAAUAAGGUCAAUACGCAGGCUGUUGAUGGUGACAAGCGUAUUAAAACCAGAGUCAGUGUUGUCAGCCAUGCAGGUGAGCAGGGGCAUCGAAAUGAGGUUUUUGUUACCGAAAAAUCUAAAGACAAACAAUCAUUGAAUUCAGGUAAGAAUUCUCCGCCGACUAAAACUGACAAUACCAUGGAUGAUGUUAAGGCUGCCACAGGCUCUGGUUCAACAGAUCUCCAAAGGCCAUCAGCUCUGCAAAAAUCUACUGCCCCUAAACUGCAACCUACUAGGCAAUCUCCUAAGACUUCAGAUUUGUGCCUUGAGAAGGAUAGAAGCUCAGAUAUAAAGUCAGAAAUGUCUCCACAUGGCAAACAAGCUGCAAGUUUUAAUGAGAACCAUGCAAAAACUGCUGCUGUGAAGAUGGAGCAUCAGACUGAAAAUGAAGAGGUCGCUAGACACUCAGAUUUGCAACGAAGAGAUUCAGUACUGGGCAAAGAUUCAGAGGUCGACGGGGCUUCAAGCAGUCAACCACAUAGUGAAUGUACCAAGGGCAAGUCAGCAUUUGAAAAGUUAGAACAUGACAAAUUCCAACCUGACUUAUGUAAGACAUCUCCUCUACAGAAUGAAAGAGAUGGACAGCUUGUUGGGUCACACUGGAGAGAUCUGGGGCAUGCUUAUGUGAACAGGAAUGAAAGAUGGGAGAGGUUCAUGGAGUCUGAGCGGGAAAAGAACAAUGGAGAAUGGCAUGGUGGCAGACAUGCAUCUGACAUGACCAACCAACGAAUGACAGAUCACCGUGGUGGUUGGCGGGGUGCUGGCCCCCGUGGCCAUCCAAGGAACUUUCGAGGUCCAAGAAUGAGAAAUGAGUUUGCUGAUGAACCUAUUGGUGGCAGGAGACGCUCAUUUGAAGAUGAACCUGGGCAUUUGAACCGGGUUCCACAUAGGCGGCGGCGUUCACCACCACCCGACUCCCUCAUGAGAGAGGUGGACAUUGACGGCUUCCAUGGGAGAGAGAUUCCAGACCAUAGGCUGCUGGCUCAUGGGCAGAUAGAAGAUCUCCCAGAUGACAUGAUGGAAGAUAGGUUUUUUAUGCCACGUUCCCAUCGACACCGUGGCCAAGGUGACCAUGGAUUCAUCCAGAGAGAUAGGAGCCACUCCCCUGCACAAAGAAGGGGUGGCCAUGUGCAUUUCCACCGUGGACGAUCACCGGAAGCAAUGCCCAGAUCACCGCCAUUAAUGCGAAAUGAGAGACCAUACUUGUCCCACUGCCGUCACAGUCGAGGCCAUGAUGAGAGAGGAGGCAUGCAGAGAAACGCAAGGAGACGAGGCAUGGAAGGGGAUGCCUUUGAGCCACUACUGCAUCCUGCUGAUCUAGCUGAACUCCACGCAGAAGAGGAACUCACUGGUAGAAGGAAGUAUACAGAGAGGAGAACAUAUCUUCGGUCUUCGGUCAGUGAUGAAGACGAGAUGCUCUCCUACCAUACAGAGGAUGACAUGGAAUUUGCUGAAGCCGGUGGGGGUCCACGGGAGCAUGAUAGCCGCUUCAGAAAUAGGAUGGCCCACGAUAGAGCGAGGGGAGAGCAAGAGGAUGGGUACAGGCACCGUGCCCAUCAAGGUUGGCGAGAUGGUGACUCAAAUGAUGGUAGGCCGAAAAGGAGGAGGUACUGACUCACAGCAAUAACCGACUGAUGCAGAAGACAUUGGCCUUUAGGAGGACUGACUCCCAACACUGUUUUGCCGGCGUCUUCUCUUCCAUAUAUUGGUUUGUUUGUUGCAUUCGUUUCUCAGGAAAACAUGGUGCUGUGGUGUGAUAUCUACAUGCACCUGCAGCUUCCAAAACUUACCGUCUAAAUAUCAGCCCUGGAUCCUGCUUGAUAAGCUGGGCUGCUCGUGCUCGUGGAGGUCAAGACACUGAAAUUUCAGGCAAGUUAAAAGUGAACGAGGACAAGCCUCCGGCAUGUGCUAUUCUCGCCUGGCUGGAAUCGAGCAAGGAGACGAACCUCUGGGCAAAAGCUACACUAUACUUUUACAAGCAUGGUGCUGGUACGGCUCUUGUAUUGAAGACAUUAUCUCUAUGAUUUGGUUGGAGUUGGUGGGGAGAAGCUGCCGUGGGACCGUACCCUUGUGGUCUGGUCUCCGUCGUUGCAGUCUUUGGUUGGCCUCGCUCGCUGGACCUUGCUAUUCAAUGGUUGUACUUGCACAACUGCCGGGCAUUAUGCGCCGAAUAAAAAUUUGUGUGUUUUUGGCACCCAUCCACAGUGGUGCCGUGGAAAA